AUGCUGCAAAGCCUCCAGAAGGAGGAUGCCGAGAUGGUGAUCUGCACCAAGGCAAGGGCACGCUACAAAUUUCCGGAAGUACCGCAGCAGACCGCUCCAGUCUACGGUCACAUUGGUGUCACCUACGGCACUUCACCCUUUGACAAGCAGGCGAUCACCAAUCCACCCGAGUUGGCCCCCCAGUUCCUGGGCGAAACCUGGCAGGCAGAGUGGCGCUCCAAAGAUCAGUUGAUGGUGAAGCUCCUGCAGCAGAAAGGUUUGAAGUCCAGUCAGGGAAUCCUGGUAGAGGAUGAUCCCGAGGUCCAGGUCGAGAUGAAACUGCGGAAGCACAGAGUGGCACAGAGUAUUCUCUUAGUGAAGGCAGAUCAAGGUUGGGGAGAUGUCACCAGCCCUGAGCUGGCCCAGACAAUUGGAGACGCACGAGUGUGCUGCUCGGACAGCACUGGUUCAAUGUCUGACCAUGAAUUGCUCUGGCUCGAGUACCUUCCAGUUGCCAACGGGCACCUCCAAGUGAGUAUGCUUGGGAUUGUAGUUUUGGGGACGGGCCCGGGAGUGUUCCUCCAGUGUUUUGUUCGUGUUCGAUUCAUCCUGAUCUCCUCCCACGGCGCUGUGUUCGAGAGGUUUUUCAGCACGGCGCCGCCGACUCCAGAGGUGCCACAGCAUCCACAGCUUCGCUUCGCGCCGCCCGCGGCACCAGCGCUGGUGCAGCCACCAGUCGUGGCGCCGCUGAUGAAAUCUUGUCAUGGGCCACCCAUAGCAGCGCCGUCGCAGCCUCCGAAUGCACGAGCCCCAAGAGCUGGUCUCAUGCAUUGCCAUGCAUCUUUCAAUCUUUACAAUCAGUUCAUAUCAGUUCACAAUGUUUGCGAAUGUUUUGCGAUGUUGUUGGGAAGAUCUCGCGGCCAAGAUCUCGAUGUGCAGCUUUCAAGCUCUUCCUCCGCCGCCUGCGGCAGCUCCAAAGAUGGCGCCGAGAAGGCUCCAGCGAACGGCCCCAGUACGGCUAGUCCCUGUCCCGACGAGCGUCACAACAAGGGCAAGCAGGGCGAUCCCAAGGACGGUCCCAAGGACGGUCCCCAGGGCGAUCCCCCGGGCGAUCCCCCGGGCGAUCCCCCGGGCGAUCCUCCGAGUUCUCCAGUCGCCACGAAGGCGGCAGAGAGUGAGGAGGUCAGCCGGUUUGAUUCGAAAUCCUCACGCCGAAGAUGGGCCGACAUCGCCAACGAUUCAGAUUCAGAUGGCGAGGACCUCUGGAACGUCGACACAAGCAUGUGUAUGACGCCGAGCUCCUGUAGCUCGCCAACGACCGGCCAGGACAAUCAGGACACGUCGUCCGCGCAACCUACGAGCACCACGAGCGCAGAGGCGGCGGCUCCUACCGGCCGCGAAGAUAAGUCCACAGCCGAUGACGACAGGAGGUCCAGAAGUAUGCAAGAGUUGCCCGGACAUGACGAACAUGUUCAGCAGAGCCUAGAGCCUUUCGAGCUCGGAAUUUCGAGCACGGACCUGGAGCCCUCAGACACCCUUGAAGAGGCAAGUUUGAGUUUGGAGCCGGCAAAGAGGUUCGAACAGGAUAUCGACGCGCCAGUUGAAGAGAAAAGCGGAAAAGACCACCCUUCUUUGGACCUGGACUGCUCGCAGGAUUCUGUGGCUCUCUCCACGGUGGCAGACAGCGUUGACCGCAUGAGCUCGAUUGCAGAUUCCCCGGAGGCAGACAUUGCCGAAUCGUUUCCAGAUGUUCUUGGUGAAGCAGCCAGUGUCAGCAAGAGAAAGAAGAAGCCGGCCAAAAAGAAGAAGAAAAAGAUCGAGACCCUAACGGGCACAGCGCCAUCAAUGGGAGAACUGAGCAGGAAUUCAUCGGUCAGCGACGCGCCGUCCCGAAGUUCCGGCAGCGUGCCCGAGACGAGCGCUCCAAGCAAGCGUGCUGCAUCAAAGCCGCAGCCAACCGAGAGGCAACACACGCAGUGUCGUGAUUCCGAAAAGUUUGAGAAGCUUGCCCAUCAGUUUGCCAAGUCUGCAAACCAGCAUGCAUCGCAGUUUCAAUCUGGUCUGGCGAGCUGCCUUUCCACAUUGCACAGCAAUCCUCGAUGGGCAAUCCUGGUUUUUCUGGCCGCCUUGGUCUUUGGUGGAAGGUGCUGGCUUCGGUUGCAAGAUACCGAUGAUGCGGCAGUGCACAUGAGGCGGUUUCACUGA